CCAUUAUUUACUCCGUUAACUUUGAAGACACCUAAUGGCGGCGAGUUCUUGCUCUUUCCCUUCCUCUUCUGCCACCUUACUAUUCAGCAAAACCCAGAUCGGGUUCUGCAUUUGGGUUCUACAAUAGAACCCAAAUUGGGUUCUGUUGCAGAACUCGAUCUGGCUUCUACAAUCUAGAUGCAGAACCCAGAUAGGAGCGAGGAAGAGAAGGAAGAAGAGGGGGAGGAGAGGGAAAGAAAAUCAAAGAACCAAGGCUGGGUGAAGAGGAAAGUUGUGUUGGGUGAAAAGGAGAGUUGUUGGGUUAACGAAAGAAAUGGAGAUAAACGGAGAGAAAUGGAGACUGAGGAGGAGGAUAUUAGGGAGCAAUUGUUGGAGUUGAUUCAAGUUAAGACUCACUUUUGGGUAAGAAAUAAGGUGGUUGGUUGUGCUUUUUCGUUGGUCCAAUGGCAAAGUAACCCGAUGGAGUGUGCAAGGGAGCUGAAGCGGUACAGGAAAUCCUUGAAGAUGUUUAAUCAGCAAUAGAAAUGACUUCAGUCCUUAAGUUGAAGUGCGUUCUUUACUGAUUAUUCUUGUUUUUUGGGAGGCUUUUUAUAAUUCUUGUGCACCUGCAGUGUCUUUUUCAAUGUGCAGGGAGUAAUUGUUUUUUUUUUUUGUAAAAGGGCAGGAGUAUCUCUUAUACUCCAUUAAAUAAAAUAAAAUAAAUUAUUUUGC